UUCUCAUGGGGUUUGGUGACAGAGAGAAAAAUAGGGAACGUCAUCAGACUUAUCCUAAAAGGAUCCUCUUUUUGUUUCAGUCACCUUUACUCAACCCCGCUCGUGUCGUGAGUCACGUUUUUCUUGUUUCUACUCAACAUUUGUGUUUAUUUCCUCCUACAAAAUACUCCAACUGGUGCCCGGGUCCUUGCUGGAGAUGAGGUGGUUUUCCGCUGCAAGUUGUCCUAUUGACCACUAGAUGUCCUCCUCCCCAUCAUGACGGCUGCCGGCUCAACUGCAACCCGGGAUUCUGUUGUUGCGCGAACGCACACACGCGCACACGCGCACACGCCCUGCUCUUAUUGACCACGCCCCUCUCGUGAAUAAUUCAUCACCGUCGACCGGAGGAGACUCGUGCCAACGGAGCCUCUCAGACGUCAGCUCGUGCUCACCGGAGGAAGGGAAAUACUGGUCCUAAAAUCACCCUCCGUCUAGUGAUGAGGAGACGCUAAUAUCCGGUACCGAAUGGGGAACUGGGAAGAGUGGGAAUCCGCCUCACGCACAACGACCCCGUUGGUUUCCACCGGGAAUUUACGAAGGAGAACUCACCGAGGCUUUGAUAUCAGCCCGACCGUCCCCGACCUUUAUCUGCCGGUCUGACAUUAUUCUUAUCGCCGGUGAUCUGAGGGAAAGCAAACACUCAAGAUGCCAUGUCAGGAAAAUUGUAGCUGCCUCUUGUCAUUCAGCAACAUAGACAACACACGGAGAAGGUAAAGUUUCUGGAGGACACAUAGUGCAGACUGAGACAGGAGAAAAGUAAUAACCAUGCUGCUGUAAUCACCGGUGGUCGACAGAGGGGGACAGAGAAGCUGUUAACAGGAAGUCUGUGUGUGAGCUGUUGGGGUGAGCAGUCAUGUUCCGAAACAGCCUGAAGGUGCUGCUGGGAGGCAAAAGCCGCAAGAACAACAACAGUGGUGGUGGUGGCAUUGAGUCAGAGGGGUCAGAGGUCAGGAUGAUGGAGGGAUUCACCCGUUCGCUUCCCUCCUCUCCGCUCCUCAACCUUCGGCUGGCUAAAAGAACUGGUGAGGAGGAGUUAGGACCUCCCCCCUCAGUAGAUGAGGCGGCUGAUGCUCUGAUUACCAGGUUGGGCUUCCUGCUGGGGGACAAGAUAAUCAGUGGAGAGCCAGGGUCCCCUUACCACCCCCAGGAUGAUGGACAGAGGAUCUCUCCUUCCUCCAGUCUGGCCAGUAGCAGCACCUCCCCCUGCUCCACACUGCAGCCUCCUGCUGGAGGAGAAGGCAACAACAACAACAAGCAUGCAUCCUCCAACCAGGCCUCUGUCACCUCCCCCACCUCAACACUGGAAAGCAGAGACAGCGGUAUCAUAGCCACGUUGACCAGCUAUUCUGCAGAGUCGGCAGCGGAGCAUGACAACAGCACCAAAUACCCUGGCGAUGGCUGCCAUGGGAGCAGCCUCAACCUCUGGCAGCAGGGGGGCCGGCCGGUGGUGGCCUCCACCUCCUCUUCCUGUAUGGCAGCAACGGGAAACACGAAUGAUGGCUUUCUGUACAGGGUGGACGACAACAUGGCCGCCUCCACUUACAGCCUCAACAAACUCCACCCAGACCGAAGCCAUGGCGCUGCCUACUCUUCGGGCUCCACCCACUCCAUACCUCUCUACCUCAUGCCCCGCCCAAAUUCAGUUGCUGCCACUAGUUCUGCCCACCUUGAAGACCUAGCCUAUCUGGAUGAGCAGCAGAGACACAUCCCUUCAAGGACGUCCCUCAGAAUGCCCAGACAGAGUUCUGGGAGUCGUAGUCAACAGGACCACAGAGUUCGCUUCAUUCCCUCUCUCAACCUGAAGCCCCUCCACUUUGAGGUCCCCGGUCUCUCAUCUAAUUGGCUGUUCAGCGGCAGGGAGUGGCUCUUUCAGGAAGUGGAUGCCUGUCUCUGCAGGGAUGACCCAUCAACCAGUCAGGGUGUGGUCAUCGUCGGCAACAUGGGCUUCGGCAAAACGGCCAUCAUCGCCCGUCUGGUGGCGCUCAGUUGUCACGGAAACCGAAUGUGGCCAACUGCUGCCGGAAGCGAGACCAUUCCCAAGCAUGUGGCACCUGUUUCUUUCUCCAACGAUUCCCUGGGAAGAGGAGGAGGAAGAGGAGAUGAAGGAGGAGGAGGAAGCUGUCCAGGAACUCCAGAGCUCAAGAGGAGACAGGAGGAGGCGCUGAGGAAGCUUGCAGGACAGGUAGUCUCAUAUCAUUUCUGUCAGGCUGAUAACUGUCACACCUGUCUGGUUCCGGAGUUCGUCCACAACAUGGCGGCGAUGCUAAGUGGUGCCCCUCAACUGCUGGCCUAUCGGGAGCUGCUACACCAGUCGCCACAGCUGCAGAGCACGCUCAGUCUGCGCUCCUGCAUCCAGGAUCCGAGCUCUGCCCUCCAGAGAGGAAUACUGGAACCGCUGGACGCUCUCUACAGAGAGAGGAAGUUGCAUCUGGAAAGGGCGGGGCUUAUUAUACUGAUUGACGGGUUAAACGAAGCAGAAUUCCACCGGCCAGACUACGGCGACACACUGACUUCCUUCCUGUCCCGAAACAUCCAGAAAUUUCCUUCCUGGCUGAAGGUCAUUACCACUGUCAGGACCAGUCAGCAGGACACCACUCGUUCUCUACCUUUUCACCGCAUCUCUCUAGACAAGAUAGAGGAGAACAACGCCAUAGACCAGGACCUGCAGGGUUACCUGAUGCAGCGUAUCCACGGCAGUGGUGAGAUCCAGAGCAACGUGUCGCUGAGCAAUGGUCGACCUGACAACACGGCGCUCACCAAAUUGAUUAGCCACCUGAAGAGCCUGAGCAGAGGCUCAUACCUCUACCUGAAGCUGACCCUGGACCUGAUAGAGGGAGGGUACCUGGUCCUUAAGAGCUCCAGCUUCAAGGUGGUUCCUGUGAGUCUAGCAGAGGUCUACCUGCUGCAGCUCAACAUGCGGUUUCCCACCCAGUCAUCCUUUCAGAGAGUUCUGCCACUGCUCAACGUUACGGCGGCAUCGCUGCACCCACUGACCGACCACCAGCUGUUUGAGGCGGUGAAUGCGGGCGCUCUGACUGGAGGAACGCUGCACUGGGCCGAGUUUGCACAGCGGCUGGAGCAGCUCUCCCCUUUUCUGCUGAGGCGGAGCGACGGCAGCUGGAUGCUGAACCACGCCUCCUUCAGGGAGUGGCUGGUUUGGAGGGAGGAGGGGCAGGACGACAGGUUCCUCUGUGACCCCAGGAGUGGUCACACUCUCCUGGCCUUCUGGCUCUGCAGACAGGAAGGGAAAUUGAAUCGACAGCAGACACUGGAGCUGGGACAUCACAUCCUGAAGGCUCACAUCUACAAGGGUCUGAGUAAGAAGCUUGGGGUUUCCUCCUCAGUUAUGCAGGGGCUGUGGCUGUCCUACAGCACGGAGAACCUGAGCCCUGCUCUCUCGUCUCUGCGCAACCUCUACACCCCUAACAUCAAGGUGAGCAGGUUGCUGAUAAUGAGUGGGGCUGAUGUGGAUUGCCAUAGUGAUGUCCUUAACAACGCCCCCCUGCUGUGUGUCCACUCCCACCUGGGCCACAAUGAUGCUGUGGCGCUGCUGCUCGACCACGGAGCUCAGGUGGAUGCUCGGUCGCACGACGGUUUGACUGCACUGGGAUUCGCUGCUGCAGCUGGACAUCUAGACAUCGUCAUCAUGCUGAGUCAGCACAGAGCCAAGGUGGGUCAUGUGGACAGCUCAGGUCAGUGUGUGCUGGUGCACGCGGCUCAGCGAGGCCACCUCAAGGUGCUGCACUUCCUGUUGAAGCGUGCAGACUGGAGCUGCACUUCCUGCUGUAGUCAGAGGGGGGCGAGCAAGAGCCAGGCACUGCAGCAGGCUCUGAUUGCAGCAGCCAGCAAUGGCCACACAGAGAUCGUGUCAUACCUACUGGAUCUUCCAGAGGAAGACGAGGAAGAGGAGGAGAGACCUGAGAUCAACACUUUUGACAGUCUCUGGGGAGAGACAGCUCUGACAGCGGCAGCAGGAAGUGGUAGGCUGUCUGUAUGCAGGCUGUUGUUAGACCAGGGGGCUGCUGUUGAGCAAGGCAACAGGCGAGGUGUGGCUCCGCUCUUCAGCGCUGUGAGACGGGGCCACUGGCAGGUGGUGGAGUUAUUGCUGGAUCAGGGGCUGGAGGUGAACAUGGUCGACCAGCAGGGUCGAACAGCUCUAAUGACGGCAGCCUCGGAGGGACAUAUGCCCACCGCCCAGCUGCUGCUGAACCAUGGAGCCUCUCUGGACCAGACCGACAGGGAGGGGUUAACGGCACUGAGCUGGGCAUGUCUGAAAGGCCAGCUCCUGUUGGUCAGAGAGCUGGUGGAGAGAGGUGCAGCCACAACUCACGCUGACCGCAGUGGACGGACACCUCUGGAUCUGGCUGCCUUUCGCGGUGACCCAGAAGUGGUGCGAUACCUGGUGGAACAUGGCGCGUCGGUGGAACAUGUCGAUUGCAGCGGGAUGCGUCCUCUGGACCGAGCAGUCGGCUGCAGAAACACUUCAGCAGUCAUCGCUCUGCUCAAAAAGGGAGCCAAGAUAGGACCGGCGACCUGGGCCAUGGCAACCUCUAAACCAGACAUCUUAAUGGUCCUGCUCAGUAAAUUGAUCCAAGAGGGAGAUAAACUGUACAAGCAAGGUAAAGUGAGGGAAGCUGCUCACUCCUACCAGUCGGCGCUCCAGAAGUUUCCAGGAGAUGAGCUGAAGACAUUCAGACAGCUGAGAGUGUGUGUGCUGCUCAACCUGUCACGGUGCCGCCGCAAGAUGAAUGAUUUUGGCCUCGCUGAGGAGUUUGCUACCAAAGCACUAGAACUAAAAGCAAAAUCCUAUGAGGCCUUUUAUGCCAGAGCCCGGGCCAAACGCAGCCGCAGACAGUUCCACGCAGCCCUGGAGGACCUGGUUGAGGCCAGCCGCCUGUGUCCAUCCAACCGAGAGAUCCAGCGUUUGCUGUCCCGGGUCAAGGAAGAGUGUCGGCAGGUUUCACAACAACAAGACUCUCCCCCUCCUUCAUCACAGCAUGUUUAUCAACAGAGUGUGUCCAUCAAUGAGGCCAGGUGCAGAGAUUCAGGUUGUCUGCAGGUGCAGGACAGGGAGGGGUUUACCGCGGAGGAGGAGGAAGAAGAGAAGGAAGGGGACAGGUGUUACCGGGAAGGAGCUCCUCCUCCACACUUCUCCUCCUUCCACCCUCCACCUGUGGUUCAUAGUCUUGACACCCACUGCCACCCUGGGGUGUCGUCACCCUCCUCCCUCUCACCCACUCACCUGUAUCAUCACCUCUCGAGUCCUGUCCACUCCCCCUCUUCUUCUUCACCCUGUCACUCUGCUCCUCCUCCUCCUUCCUCUUCCUAUCACCAUUUCAGCCCUCCUCCCUCCCCAGUGCAGCAUCAGCAGCAAGCCAGCCCAAUGUCGGAAAGUAUCCCUGCAUUGUCAGGAACUGGAGGUGUACACCACUAUCCGCAUCCCAUCUCAGCCCUCCUCCACUCAGACCAGAAACUGGCAGUGCAGCAGCACCACUAUCUGUCCGAUCAGAGAUCCUUCCAGAAGCAGAACCCUGCCCAAGGCCAGUGGCUCCAACCAGCCAAAGUCCAGGUUUUCAGAACCAGUCAGCCCAGUUCCUCAUCCCACUCCAGCAUGGUUUUGGGAAGUUCUGCUUACUCGCAAUUUGCCAAUCUGCCCCAAGAACUGGCCGAACUGGGGGAGGGAAUUUGUUCCAGUCCCCUAGAUGUGAGGCCUAGCCUGCAGGUCCAGGCUGGUCUGAAUUCUGGACCAUCAUAUCCUCGAGAUGAUGUGGAUGUUGACUUGGUUUGCCAGUCGAGACCUGCAUCUGCCUAUGGGAGAGGAGCAGGAGGGGAGAGGGCGGGGAAAAACCGAUUUGCCCAGCCCCAUCAGUUUGGCCUUAACCAAUCCAAAGCAGCUUACUACCCCAUGGAAGUUACAGAGACUACAAUGGGACCCCCUGAUACCCUCCCGUUAUUGCAUGAUUCUCAAUACCAUCACCAGGGUGGAUUACGACGCCCGUUCAGCGCCCACCCAACCUCAUCCUCUGCCUCCUCCCCUAGGCCUCUCAUCCAGAGUGUAAGUGUCCGCUUCUCCACCAGCAGCGGCAGCCUCUCUAGCGGGCAGCCCACUAAUCAUGGCUCAGGCUUCAGAACGUCAGCCUCCACCCAGCACAUGGAUGUACCUUCAGAUCUGGCCUCUGUGGGAGGGGUUACUGGUUACCAUGAUGAUCUCUUUCUGAUCUCCUCUCCUCAGUCAGAAAUAUGUAAGGUAGGAGGCGGGACCUAUCCUGGAGAGGUGGGCCGGUCAUCUAGAAGCACUCCUUUCAUGGGCGUUAUUGACAAGAAAGUGAGGGUGCACCAACAGUAUCCGCAACAAGCUCCUUCCAGUUCCUCAUCCUGUCUCAGCCCCUCUCGCUCCUGGGCCGUGUCUUCAGUGGACAUGGUGGUCACCUCGCCUAGCAAAACCCCCACCAAUCAAGGAGGCUUAUGUCAACCAAAGCCCUCCUCAAUUGCCUACCACAACCGUAGCAACAACAACGCCCACAAUGGUCACCUCCUCCAUGACAACCAGCUCGACUACUAUGAGGCUCUGCCGGGCAGCGGCCCUCAGGGUGAAGGCUCGAUGCAGGUUGCCAAUCACAAUUCCUCUUACCUUGACGUGAAGCUGGCCCGAACGCUGCCUGUGAUUAAUAGCUGCUCAGACAGACCGACUGAGAGAAAGACAGGACCUACCGCUCCUGUCAAACCAAAAAGACCCUUUGUUGAGUCAAAUGUAUAGAGAAAAGUUUAAAUGUUAAGUAAGACACAAGGGAAGAGGUUUAAGGAAGAGUGGUUGAAAAAGAUUCACUGAUGCGAUGGUAUUAUCAAGGCCGGGCUAUGCUUGAAAUGAACUGAAUUGAGUUGUUCUACGUGUAGUUUGUACGACGUGUAGUUCUACAACAUUCAGAGGUGAUGCAAUAAUAGUUGGUGGUUGUACACACUGUAAUACACUUGAAAAAUGAUUGAAGUCGUUUGUUUGUGUACUUUGUUGGACGCACAAAGAGAGCUUGGGAGAACAGUUCAAAUCCUGGCUAUGUUUUCACCUGGUCAAAUGUGGCGUGAAGUGGGCAGGCUUGUUGGAUUGUCGUUUUCGAAAAGACAAGCACUUCAUGUAGAGAAGGAGGGGAAAAAUGUAAGUUCUGAAGAACUUGAUCUUUUGUUCUGAGACAAGCGACAGCUCCCGGCAUCACAAAGCACAACAAGGAAGAGGAAGAUUGAGAAAAUAAAUAAAUAAACACAAAAUAGACACCAAGUGUCACCAAAAAAUCCCUCCUUCCUUCCCUGGUCAUCUCUGGCUUACAGUACAUUUCGGAACUGAUGUCUGUGGAUGCCCAUAUUGCACUGCUCUGGAGUUUUUCUGCCAAGUUCAUGUAUGCAACUCUAGAUGGUGACAUCCAGUCAGGAGAGGACAGGAGAGACACAAAAGCACCACCUUAACCUACGUGUGCUGUUGACACCUUUAAUGAAGAUUUUCAUUUCAAGUUUGAAGCGCUUAAAUGAUACAACGUUUGGAAACCUGGAUACAUCCAGGCUCUAUAACUUGUGCCAGGCAGAUGCCGGUCAGUGACCCAGUCGUAAGCCAUAGUUUCAGAAACUAGGAUGAUGCUGUCAUUGAACGAGCACUGACUUGCGGUUUAUAAAACAAAAGUAAGUGAUAUUUAUCUUUUUUAAGUUAUGUCUGUGUUAAACUAUAUAAAUAUUGUUUCAUUCCUUUUGGAUUUUCCUUUUCAUUUUUUUGAGGGUUUUUCACUCCGAACAUAGAAGUGGAAACUUUCUUCUCCAGGAACCGAAAAACAAGAGCAACAUUUAAGUUCAGUUUUUCUCAGUUCUGGGUUAACAUCAGUUCCCGCUCUUGUACGAUGGCAUCACUCUAUAAAUGACAACUACCUGGAGAAAUGCCUCUUAAGAUUUUUGGAUGUUUUUACUUCAGGUAGAUUUUCAUUUUUGUUUUUUCUAUGAAGGCAUUUUGUACUCUGUAGUCAUAUCGGUCCUAAUUUAUGCAAACCACAUUUUUCCUGACUGACAUACCAGGGCUCCUUACACUCGUUGCCAUGGAAACGCUCCUCCUACUGCCUGUAAUUCAGUAAAAAAAGCCAACCGGCCGUUUGCUAAACCCCUCCCCUGAACGGUGACUGUCCAGCUUGGUAACCAGAAACAGCGUGGCCUGACGAGGUCUGGACUUUUCCGUCACGUUGAAGCGGUGCGCAUGGGGCUGAAGUAGAAUCGGUCCCUCGCAUUUAAAGACCUUUGAUGUCUUUUUCUUUUAGCCUUUUCAAGAACAAAAACACGAGAGCAAAAAGUCAGAAAUGGAUUCAUGUGUAAUGUGUUUGUGUUAAUCUGCUCUAACGUAAGCUACAAUCAUUAGCACGUCUGGCUAACUAGCAUACUAACUGCAGUAAUAACCAAGUAUUGCUUUCAAGGCCAAGGAGCUCAUCGUCAGCUGACUACGUUAGUUUGUUGGGCAACAGGUUGUGUAAAAGAAGCUCUUUUUCACCCCUGGCGAACCCGUUGUGUAGUGUUUCCCCAUUGGGGGCUGGUCCUGGAUACUAUCAGAGUGUAGGCUAAGGUUCACAGCUCUGUUCUGCUCCUUACUGUAUUUUGUGAAGCCUACACUCUGGCAAGUCCAGCCCAAGUUGUGAGCUGAGAUAGUGUACCUGUACAUUUGCCAAACACAUAAUUUUGUCCUCAUAAUAAUAGUCCUGUAACGCUAAAAGUGAAAACAUAUGGUUUGAAAAUAUGAAAACAGGCAAACAGAGAUAUUUUUUCUUCAGUUCUUUAGCACAAUAUAAUGUAUGUAGCUAUCAAGUGUAUUUUAAGACCCCUUUUACAAACUUCUAAUUUUAAAACGAUUCUACUAGAAGCAUUAAAAAGUCAACCACAGACAGCGUUUUCAGACAACUCAUGGAACCCAAUGUUAGCUUAAUUACAUCUGAUCGAAUCUGCCAGCUGGCAAAAGAAAGAGCUGAUGGCUAAAACUAAGAAGCCUGCUUUUGUUUACCUCUGUCUGAAAUCAAGGACCUAUUGUUUCAAAGAUUAUGAACACGUUCCAAUCGAAUAUCUGCUGUGAGGGAACGGAAAGUUUGACAGGUGUAGAAACAAUAACAAGGGGAGGGGGUCAACUAACAAUCUAGCCGUCAAUCCCGGGCUGGUUUUCCAGAGGGUUCGACUAACAGAUGGUAUUCAGAAAGUGGGCCUAAAGUUUUAGGGUGUUUCUUCUCUGUAUUUUAUGCACACGAAUGCCUGUUUUUUUUACAUUUCUUUUUAUGUUUCUAAUGAAUCAGCGACUUGGUUUCAGAGUUGCUGGUGCUGAUGUUACCUAUGACCUCGAACCUCUCUGUCAGUCUCUCUGACCACUGCCCUUUUUUCUUACUGCUCAGGAGUCUCCAGCUGUGAGAAGAUGUGGUAAUACGUAAUCUCUCUGGUUCACAAGGCAUUUUCACCGUCUGACUGCUGGAAAUUUGUAUGUAAUUCUUGUCAGUUAGAUUAAUGAAGUACAUUGUCAGCAAGUUGAUUUGAUGUUCAAGACUAUCAUCAGUGUUGCUUUAAAUCCUUGAUGAGCCGGAUGACAGAUGUGUAGUCUGUCAGUAAAACAGUGUGUUGUGCUGUAUAUAUAGGAUUCAACGCCCAACUUAGGGGUCUCAAGCCCCAAGUUUUAAACAUCGUGUUGGCAAGAGCUGGAUCAGCGUAGUCCCUGUUAGUGGGGUUACUGUGAGCUUUUUCACUGUGUGUAAGAUAAGUUAAUAUUUAAAACCCAGGACUGUUACAUCAGUAAGUACAUCUAUAUUAAACAUUUAAAAUGUGUUCUUAAUCUGCUCAUGUGAAAUUAUUGACUGCUGAGUAAACAUUACAAAGAGAAAUAAAGCUGAAUGAAAGGCGGAUGUGUAAGUGUGUCUCUUGGGGGAGUGGAGGGGGUUACUUUUCGUACCAUUGGGGUGGUUUUCCAUUGAGAAAAGGUUAGGCUUUAUUCCAGUGAAUCGGCCCUUCCUCUCAUCCGUGUUGUGUGAUUGAAACUGAGUCGACAUGCAAGGACCGGAAAAAAAAAU